AUUGUAUUUUCAGGCCUUAAAAUGUUUACUAAGAUGCAAUAAUCAUAAUAAAGUCCUUAACAUGUCAAAGCUAAGUGAAGUUUCAAUAGCGGAAGAAAAGGACAAUAAUAUUUCUGAGAUUAUAAACGAUGAUAUUAUAUUUCAAGCGAUCAAACACGGGUUAAAAUCUGAUGAUAGAAGUGUUAAAGAGAGCCGCGUGGGAGGAGAUAAAGCUGUUCCUGCUACUGAACCUAAUGUUGAAGAGAGCCGAGAUGGAGGAGAUAAACCUGCUGAACCUAGUGUUGAAGAGAGCCGAGGGGGAGGAGAUAAAGCUGCUGAACCUAGUGUUAAAGAGAACCGCGUGGGAGGAGAUAAAGCUGUUCCUGCUGCUGAACCUAGUGUUAAAGAGAGCCGUGUGGGAGGAGAUAAAGCUGUUCCUGCUGCUGAACCUAAUGUUGAAGAGAGCCGAGAUGGAGGAAAUAAAGCUUUUGAACCUAGUGUUGAAGAGAGCCGAGAGGGAGGAGAUAAAGCUGCUGAACCUAGUGUUGAAGAGAGCCGAGGGGGAGGAGAUAAAGCUGCUGAACCUAGUGUUGAAGAGAGCCGAGGGGGAGGAGAUAAAGCUGCUGAACCUAGUGUUGAAGAGAGCCGAGAUGGAGGAGAUAAAGCUGCUGAAUCUAGUGUUGAAGAGAGCCGAGGGGCAGGAGAUAAAGCUGCUGAACCUAGUGUUGAAGAGAGCCGAGAGGGAGGAGAUAAAGCUGCUGAACCUAGUGGGUUCAAGCAUAAAACUGAACACAAGAUUUACCCUGACCUUGAUACUCUGCUUGGAUUCGGAAAAUUUCAGCAUUUUCAAAUCUGGGUGUUUCAGACUAUUGUUGCAAUUCUAGGGGCUCUUUCUUUUCUUCAACUUAUAUACAUAGUUAGCGAUCCACCCGACUGGUAUUGCAGCCUAGGAGAGGAGAAGUGUCCAAGUACAGGGGAUGUAUGUGGAGGGGGUAUUAUACAGUACAAUACAUCACAUGAGAACUAUCUGUACUCUCUCCCAGUUCAACACAACUGGAUAUGUGAUCAGAGUUUGCGAGGAGCCAGUGUUAUCACCGCAACAGCUGUUGGUAGUAUCCUGAAUUCAAUCAUCUUCGGUCAGAUCGUUGAUAAGAUCGGUAGACGAGCUACCGUUCAUAUCACCAACAUUAUAUCAAUGGUUUUCAGAUUAAUAUCUUUCCAUGUGACAGAUCAUUAUUAUCUUUUCCUCGCUCUCACAGCACUCGGGACCAACUUCUUCCCUGUAGGAGUCAGAGCCGGGUACACAUUGGUAACUGAAUUCUGCAAUGAGCGAGGGAGAAAGUUUGCUUUUAUAUCUGGUUGGGUUUGGUGGGUUGCAGCGAUGUCAACCUUUCCUUUCCUCGCUGAGUAUGUCAAGGAAUGGUAUACACUGGGGGUUAGUGUUACUCUAGUUCAUCUUACAGUAGCCCUCAUGUACCCGUUUGUACCAGAAAGCCCAAGACUGCUGUACUGCCAGAAGAAAUAUGGCAGAGCUGCUGAAAUAUUAAAUACGGUCAGGAGAGUAAAUGGAGAUGAACCAAUUCCGGAAAUGGAGAAAUUUCUUGAAAAGAUGGGAGAAGAGGAAAAUAUAGAAACAGAAACAUUAGGCGUUGUUUCUAUGUUUAAAGAACGGAAUUUAUUACGUCUGCUAGUUUGUAUGGCUACACUAUACUCAGUUAAUGAUUACUUCUACUUUGCUGGUCUUCUCAAUGCACAAAAUUUAGCCGGGAAUAUGUUUUUAAACCAGGCACUACUUGCUCUCACAGAACUACCAUCAGUCUUUAUAGGACAAUAUAUAAUAGACAGAUUUGGUAGAAGAUGGUCUCAUGUCUUUUGUAUGGUGGUAGCCACAAGUAAAUAAUAUUUUUCAUUUUUUAUGGGUCAAUUUCAAGAG